GCGCAUGAGAAAUCAGUCGAGGAGGAGGUCAAAGUGCGUCCGUCUCUCCAGUCUCCAUCAGAGCGGAGUCGAAUCGGACUGAUCAGCAAGGAGGAAGAUGGCGAAUGUGUCGCUGGAGUUCAAGGCGUCUGCCGGCGACUCCGAGCCACAGAACAGGCCCGUGCUGAUCGUCGGGCAGCUGGGCAACCUGCAGCAGCUGCAAUGGGCGCAAGUGCAGGGCAAGCUGCAACCGGCGGUGACCAAGGAGGUAUGGCAGUCUGCGCUGGGUGUGUUGAACCCCAACCCGACUGACAGCUGUCCCCUGUACCUGAGCCACGCGGUAUUGGCUGCCCUGCCUGCCCGUCUGAGCCGCCACAACAGCCCCUCCGCAGCCUACUUCCUGUCCCGCCUCCUGCGCUCCAGCCUGCCCACAGGAAACAACCGCUGCAUCCUGGUGGUGUGUGAGCGUGCGGACGUGUUUGCGUUGGGGUGUGCGAUCGCCCGGGCGUUCCCGCUCUUCUCUCGCCGCUCCUCUCAUCGCCGUGGCGACGGCAAGGUCCUCACCGUGGAGUUCAUCACCGUCGGCAACCACUCUGCCAUCCUUGACGACAACACCCUGAAGUGUCUGAAUAACGCGGCGGAGGGGGUGAGGUUGGCUGCCCGCAUCGUGGACACUCCCUGCAGUGAGAUGAACACUGACCACUUCCUGGAGGAGAUCCGGACUGUGGGUAAGGCGGUGGGCAUCACUCCCACCAUCAUCCGUGGAGAGGAGCUCAAGAUCAAGGGCUUUGGAGGUAUCUAUGGUGUGGGUAAGGCAGCUGAGCACCCCCCUGCCCUGGCUGUGUUGAGCCACACCCCCUCUGGAGCUACGCAGACCAUCGCCUGGGUGGGCAAGGGCAUCGUGUACGACACUGGUGGACUCAGCAUCAAGGGAAAGACCACCAUGCCGGGCAUGAAGAGGGACUGUGGAGGAGCUGCUGCCAUCCUGGGGGCCUUCAAAGCGGCCGUCAAACUGGGCUUCAAGGACAAUCUGCAUGCCGUCUUCUGUCUGGCAGAGAACGCUGUGGGCCCCACUGCUACUCGCCCUGAUGACAUACACACACUCUACUCUGGAAAGACAGUGGAGAUCAACAACACUGAUGCGGAGGGUCGUCUGGUUCUGUCUGACGGAGUUGUUUACGCCAGUAAGGACCUGGCAGCUGACAUCAUACUGGACAUGGCAACCCUCACUGGAGCACAGGGCAUCUCCACGGGGAAGUAUCAUGCUGCGGUGAUGACCAAUAGCGAGCAGUGGGAGGCGGCCUGUGUGCGAGCUGGGCGGAGCUCCGGGGAUCUGGCCCACCCAUUGGUCUACUGCCCCGAGCUGCACUACACAGAGUUUACCUCUGCUGUGGCCGACAUGAAGAACUCUGUAGCGGAUCGUGAGAAUGCCCAGAGCUCCUGUGCUGGACUGUUCAUUGGCUCCCAUCUGGGUUUCGACUGGCCAGGUGUCUGGGUGCAUGUGGAUAUCGCCUCUCCUGUUCACGCUGGUGAGCGUGCUACAGGGUUUGGUGUGGCUCUGCUGUUGGCUCUGUUUGGCCAGGCAUCUGACGACGCCACGCUGAACCAUGCCUCACCGCUAGGGGGCAGCAGAGAGGGCGGCCAGGAGCACGGCGACCGAGAGAGGGAGAGCAAGAGACGUCGCCUGGUCUAGACACACACACACACACACACACACACACACACACACACACACACACACACACACACACUCUCUUACAACCAUGCACAGUACACACACACUCUUACAAUCAUGCACUUAAACAUACACACACACACACUUAAAAUCACACAUAAGCAUUCACACUGUUACAGUCACGCGCACACACACACACACACACACACACACACACACACACACACACAC